GCGUAUCGAGCGCGCGCCCGCUUGGUGGGUGGAGCCGGGAAAAGGAAUGUACCUAAAGUAACGCUUCAACAGGUAACAGGCACGGGUCGCCAUUAAUAUUUUAUCCACAUCAAACGGACCAGGGCGGAGGGUGAUGGGCCUGUCAAAACGAGUGUCAUUGUGGUCAGUGGAAGAAGUGCUGGAGUGGGUGCAGGCUCAGCACCCAGCCCACAUGGGCACGCUCCAAAAAGCCAUAAUUAAACACGCUAUAUCAGGCCGUGCAUUGCUGAGAUUAAAAGAUCAUCACCUGGAGCUUCUCGGGUUGGAGGCUGAGGAACAGCAGCAGGAAAUCUUGCAGGGCCUCCUGCUUCUCAGAGUUCAAGAAGAAAUCAAUGAACUCAAUGACAUCUGCUCUGAGUGUUUUUCUACAUAACUGAAAGUACACAGAAGAAAUUCAGCUCACUUUUUUAUUUUCUAUCCAUUCAUUCAUCCAUGUGAAGGAGGGAGAAAAGUGGGAGUGCUGGAAAUAACAAGGAAAGGUGAAAGACAAAUCAAUGAGGAAUGAAGAGAGAAAGAAACCCAUUUCCUGUGUGAAAUGUGACCUGUGCAGAAGGAUGAGAUUAGUUUUUGUCUGAGUAUCUUUUUCUGAUGCCUUCUGUCCAUUAGUCUCUGUCUUUUGUCUUUCUCUGUUGUGGGUUUGCAUCCCAUCAGUGUAUUAUGCAGCGUAGCUUUAGGGAAGGCAAUGCCGGGUUGUCUGUUGAUCCAUCUCUCUAAGUCAGUAUCUAAACAGAUACUGGAUGAGUUGUAAUGAGGUGGUGGUGCUGUUUAAUGCUAAUUAGCAAAUGUUAGCAUUCCAACAUGCUAAAAUAAGAUAGGAACAUGGUAAACAUUAUACCUGCUAAAUAUCAACUCAACAUUGUCAAUGUGCACAUAUUGCCAUAUUAGCAUUAGCAUUUAGCUUAAAGCACCACUGAACAGCCUGGCAAAGCUGUAGACUCUUUUUUGUAAAGUGAAUAUUGAACAGGGUUACAGAAAAAUCCUCAACUUUUCUGGACUGGAUGCUUGUUUUGUUUUUUGAUACAUGUUGUCUAAUGUGAUAAAGGUGAAUCCUGUUUUAACUAGCUGGAGGAAUUAGAAUUUAUGAAUGUCCUUCGUGCAUGUGGUCCUAAAACAUUUUUUAUAUAAUGUCAUAUUUCCUUUAUAUGUGUAUUAUAGGUAUCAGUACCACUGCACAUUUUUAUUAUGUAAAAAAAGGUCAUGUCUAUUUCUAUACAUGUUUUCAUGGCACCACUACAGUGUGGUUGGUUGAAUUAAAAGUGCUGCUUUAGCAACACAA